AAGUUUCUCAAGUUCAGUUUGUUACUAUCUGAAACGGCCCAGUCUGAUGCAGUAUCAGUAGACGGUUACUCAUCCAACUACAAAACCAUUCGUUGGUUUUGGCCUGCAACUGAUAGGGAAAAAAGGUAGCUUCGCAACUAUUACUUCAUCAGAAAACAAGUAAUGUCAAGACAAAUGUCGAUGUCAUUCUGCGCUCGCCUAUAAAUUCGCCGAAGUUUCUUUCAUGAGAAACUACCUGCUCCGGAGCCGUCCUCAAUUUGGCGUCUACCUUGUAACGCGCAUUUUCGGGUCGAGGAGCUUGAGCAGGAAGUUAGAAAUGGCGCCCCCGAUUCUUUCACUGGCUCUGCCGACGGAGACUGGUCGAGUUCUCAGCAUUCAGUCGCAUACAGUUCAGGGGUACGUCGGCAAUAAGUCAGCUGUCUUUCCUCUUCAACUAUUGGGCUAUGAUGUAGAUCCAAUCAAUUCAGUACAGUUCUCAAAUCACACAGGAUAUCCUACUUUUAAGGGUCAAGUUUUGAAUGGAGAGCAACUAUGGACUUUAAUAGAAGGUCUUGAAGCUAAUGACUUAUUAUGCUAUACUCAUCUUUUGACAGGUUAUAUUGGUUCGGUCUCAUUUUUGAACAAUGUGUUAGAAGUUGUUAAUAAGCUUCGCUCUGUGAAUCCAAAUCUUACAUAUGUUUGUGAUCCAGUGAUGGGUGAUGAAGGAAAACUAUAUGUCCCUCAAGAGUUGGUAUCAGUUUAUCGUGAGAAGGUGAGCAAUCUAAUUGAACUUUAUCUCUUUGAACACUUAAAUCAGCUAUCUAACUUGGUCUAAGGUAGCUUAAGCAAAAUUGUCAUAUUGUAUUGUUAAGGGGCCUUUGACGCUUAAGUCAUGGAGCAAGCUAAUCCCUUGCUUUCUUUAUUUUUGGCCUUGUCAGCCUAUGGCUCAUUGAAGAGAACCUCUUAUAUUUAGAAUAUAAACUGUUGUUUACUUUAAUUGAUGGUGGGUGGAUGCUUUUAUUGGUAAUAAUGGUCUUAUUUAUAAGGGAGCAAAUUGUGGAAAUGUAUAUUAGUAAAGUAAUAAUACUAUGAAUUAUGCUAAUAUAUUUAGAAAUUGUUGAAUAUUUGAAUAAGGAAGAUUUGGUAUUACAUUACCCGAUUCUUCCAUAUUUCCUUCUUAAGUCAGUAGGAGACCUUCCAACAUUAGGAUCGAAAGUUUCUUCUGUUUUGCUUCUACUGUGUAUUAUGAUAUAAUUUUCUUUAUCCAAUGAGAAUAAUUUUUUGUGUAAAGUCUCCCAAAAUAUUACACUAAACAUUGUUAGGCCCUUAUUAUAACUCCAGCAUUCUUACAAGAUGUUUUAUCUUAUUCUAACUCAUAAGGCAUUAGUAAACCUAUCUUAUUAAAACUCCUGAAGUAUUUUCUACUUAUUUGUUGAUCGUCAUCCAAAAGAGUCCAUAUGAGGAUUGACCUCCCCUUUGUUGCUGCUAUGGGUCUGUGUUUUCCAAGAUGUAUCAGUUGGGGAGGAGCCCUCCCAAUGCACCCGAACUUUUUGCUGUUCAGUCUGCCUGCAGUAAUCCUAAAUAGCCCCUGGCAGAGUUAGGAGCUCUUUCUGAAUUGUUCAUAGUGAGAAUGGUUGCACCGAUGCAUCACCAUGAAAUCUUUUAAGGCAAGACACAUGGAAGACAAUGCAAGCGGGAGUGUUCUAGUAAGUCUAGGCAGUACGCCACCUCUUCAUUCGCUCCGUGAUUCCAAAAGCACCAUAGAAUCAUGGAGCGAGCUUUUGAUAAGGUUGUCGUGGCAAAGAGAGUUGUGAUAAGGUUGGAGAUGCAAGAACACCUUUGUCUCUUAGGUGACUUCGAUGAUGAGUCAUAUGCAAAUUUCAUAGUGGCUUGAGCUUGAAAGAGGUGAUCAUGAGAUCUUCGAUGAUUUGGUCUAGGUUACGAAGCUCAAUCUCCACAAUUUGGACUUUGGCUAAUCCAGUGCAGUAAGAUAACAAUUUUGGUGGGAACAUUUGAUAUGACCUUAAAAGGAGUUGUUCUCAAGGAGUUGUAACCUGUGUUAUUAGCAAUAUUCUUUCCAAGAGAGCCAGUCGGGUGUCAGGUUCCUUACACACAUACUCAACCAAGGAUUAUGGUUAAGAAUAGUAGAGUAGCAGUAGGGAGAAGAAGAAGAAGAGAAAUGAGAGAGAAAUGAGGGAGAAAAGAGAGGAAGAAGAGAGGAAGAGGGAAGAAAAGGAGAAAGACCGAUAAUUUUCUGGUAAUUGAAAUAAGUAAUUGCGUAAGUGUUUUGCAUUGUUAUGUUCUAGUGUUUUCUAUCCAUUAAUACUGAUUCUACUUCCCAAAUAAGACAAAUGACAGCAAGAAAAUAAA